AUAAAACCGGAUCAUAUAUCCCCGAUGUUGGUUUACAUUUGCUUUGCACUUUCAAGCGGUGAAACCACAAACAAGACCACAUAAUCUGUUACAUCCACCAUCAAGAGAAUUAUAUUUACAACCAUCACAUCAGCAAGUUUAGACAUCUUCAAUCAAUUUAUAGAAUACAUCCUAUCUAGACUAUAUCUAGUUAAACAGUGUGGAAUGGCUCUUAAUUAUAUUUAUCAGGUCAGAGCAGGGACUUGCUAACAUUAGUAUAGUGAGUCCCUGGUUAAAGGUACAAUGACACAAGCUCAGAUAUGUCACGCAGACCAAAAUAACAUGACAAUAUUUUCUAUUCCUACAACCUCCUUGACCUUUAAUGAAACAGAUCAGGUCAUUUACCAAGUAGAAUUGGGACAUCCAGUUCAUGGAGAAAUAACAGCUUUAGGAGAUAUACAGUAUGAAACCAAGCUAUAUGAUCUACCUAUUAAUUCAGAAAAAGAAAUGGCUUCAUCCAUUGUUUCUGCUAAACGAGGAAGGAAAAGAAAAACUGGUGACGAUUUAAAAUGUGAUAUAUGUGGAAAACAGUAUGCUCGUUUGAAACAACUGACUACUCAUAAAAAAUACCAUUCAGAUAAAAGACCGUAUGAAUGUUCCGUUGUUGAAUGUGAUAAAAAGUUUAAACUUGCGAGUGAUUUGUCAAGACACAUGCGUAUUCAUACAAACUCACGGCCAUACAAAUGUAAUUAUUGUGAUAAAACAUUUACCCAGUGUAGUUCUCGAAACCUCCAUCAUAGAGUACACACUGGCGAAAAGCCAUAUAAAUGCAAAGAGUGUGGCGCUAGUUUCAUUCAAUCAGGAUCCCUGACAAAUCACAUGAUCAAACAUACGAAUGAACGUAACUAUAAAUGUGACCAGUGUUUAAGUACGUUCAAAAGUCGUAAGACACUUCUAAGACACAAAAAUAUCCAUAAUCCAACUAGAGAAUAUCAAUGUCAGUUUUGUUGGAGGGAAUAUCGCCAGAAAUAUUAUUUUAAGCGACACUUGAAGGUGUGUAAACUCAAGAACAAUCAUCAAGAUAAAAAAUAUGACCUUGAAAAAGUUAAAGUGGUUACUGAAAAUAAGUCCGGAAAAACUGACGCCGAAAAGAAUGAAGACAUUCAAGAUCUACCUUUGAAUCAAGAUUUAAAUGAUGAGGAAAAGUACGAAGACAAUCAAGAUUCCCUGAAGAUGCAAGAUUCCUCAAAGAUGCAAGAUAGCAAUGAAAAAGCAUCCAAAAAUUUAAUUUUAAAGCCUUUUUUAUGCUCUCUAUGUGGGAAACAGUUCACCAGUAAAGGGAACUUAAAACAUCACUUCAUAACACAUAAUUAUACGGGAGGAUUUUUAUGUGAAGUCUGCGGUAAACGGUUCCAUCACCAACCUUCUCUAGAUAAUCACGUUAAAAUACAACACAAAGGGGAAUCCCCUUAUCAGUGCUCUAUUUGUAAAAAGAUGUAUACUUCCUCAGCUAGUUUGAAUAAUCAUUUUAGAAUUCAUUUUGAUGAUCGUCCAUUUGCUUGUAAAAUAUGCAAGAAAAGUUUUAAAGUAAAGGGGGCGUUGCUCAGACAUAUGAAUAUACAUGUUCAGGAUUCUCCGUUAACAAAUUGUGAGUUCUGUGGUAAACCUUCCGUUGACAGAAGUGCAAAGAUCACACAUUAUAAACUUCAUUUUAAUCGUUUGUUUCAAAAAGCUGAAGUGAAAAAAACUAAUACUGAGAGCGAUACGGACCAGAUUCAGAUCUUACAUUCUAUAUUAAAAAAUAACCGAGGUCUGAUCAAAAACCCAAAAUCUGAGAAUAAGCCAUGUAAGUCAACAUAUAAAGAACAGUGGAAUAAAUGGCAAGAAAGUAUGUUCAAAGAAAUUGUUGAAGUUCUUGGCGCUGAGAAAAAGAACUUUAAUACACCAGUUAAAUUUAAAGACAUACCAAAAAUUGGUAUUAUACAAAAAGAUGUCUAUAUUGAUAAACAAAUUAUGAAAAGACCAUCAAAGAAAAUGAAAAUAAACCACAAAAGAACUGAAGAAGUUGUCAUUGAUGAAAAUCACACAGGGGGUAGUAAGGAUUCUAAUUGUCAUGACAACAGUGCAAUCAACACAUUAGAAAAGAUAACUAGCAAUAAUUCAGAUGUUUCUCGAAAUUCAAAGACAUCAGAAAAUUGUUUGAAUGAAAAAAAAGAUAGUGUUAAUAUGAAAGAAGACUUGUCAGAAAAAAGUUUAACAGAUAUUAACAUGUACAUGGUUGAACAGGAAGGUGAGGAAAAUGAUAAAGUAUCAAGUGUGAACAAGGAUGAAUGUCCUUCAUCUAAAAAUUUCAGUAUUGAGAACAGAAGUAAGGGAGAUAAUAAGCUAAAGUUCGAAAUUGAUGAUUUUAUUAAAAAGAUAAAUGAAACCACUGUACAAAUAAAAGAUGAUAAAGAUGUGAAUCCUGUUCUUGAGUUCUCAAAUAACAUUUCUAAAAACUCUUUUGAAACAAAUAAAGAAAAUUCAUCUGAAAAUUUUGGAAUAUUUAAAAUGGGAGACAACUCUUCUGAGUUGAAAGUUUCAGAUAUUGGUUCCAUAAAAGUGGAUAGCCUCUUGGAGAUGACAAAUGUUGGCAAGCAUGGUGGUAAUUUUACAAAAGAUGUUUUAUCAGUAGAACAUAAUUCAGACAUGAAUUUUGGUAAUAUGGAAGGAUUAAUAGAUUACUCUCCAAUGGGUGGAAAUGCUUGUGUAUCAUUUGAGGAGAACAAUACAGCCAAACAGGAGAAACAAGAAAACAUGUACAUGCUCUCAUCUGUUACAGAUCAGCAAGGAAAUGAGAUAGAUAGUACCAAUAGAAACAACAAAAAAAUAAGUACCAGUCAGGCUAACACAUCCAAAUUAAUACAGAACGGUUUAAAAGUUGUAAGAGUUAAUUUAACAAAAAUGGGGAAACACGGUGGCAUAGCUAAGUCUUAUUUCUGUUCGGAAUGUGAUAAAGGGUUUUACUUGAAACGUAUGCUUGAUAAACAUGAAUCAAAAUGUCGAAAGGAGGAGGAAGAAAAAGAGAAAUAUUUCUGUCACAUUUGUGAUAAAGAAUUUAGUUCACGAAGUGGUAAAGUAAGGCAUAUUGAAACUGUUCACCCAUUUGAUGGCACUAAGAAAUAUGCAUGUCAAAUAUGUGGGCAAAGAUUCUCACAAAAUAGUUCCAAAGUCCUUCACACGAUUCAAGUUCAUCAGAAUGAGAAACGAUAUAAGUGUUCCGUGUGUAAAAUUCAUUUCAAUAUAUUAGCCGACUUGAAAAAUCACCAGAAAAAACAUACAAGUCGAAUAAAGAAAUUCAGCUGCCAAUUGUGUGAUGGUCUUUUCAAUCGAAAGAGUGAUUAUGACUAUCAUGUUGGAAGAGUCCAUCCAAUGUCAAGGCCGUAUAGAUGUGGGGGAUGCAUGAAGGGGUUUAGAACAGCUAAGGAAGUUAGGAAUCAUGGACAAAUUGAUAGAUGUAAAACUGCAACGCCAAAAAUAUUAAAAUUAGUUGUUGUAGAUGAAACUGACGAUUCAAUACCUGAUGACAAUUGAUACUGACAUUUAAUAACACUUAUUUUUAGAAUUUCAUACAAAUUGUAUCAUAGUUUGGUAAAAAAAAAAGUUAUAAUAAUUUAUAGAGUAGAAGAGGUACUAGUAUGGCGGCUAUAUGAAAAAUUGUGCACAUCCUGCUACAAGCAUGAAAUUUGGCAUAGACCUUCCUCAACUAUUUCUCUUUCAUUUCAGAUAGGGAGGCAUU